UCACCAUCAUCACCAUCAUCACCAUCAUCACUGCUGCUGCUGCUGCUGAGGCUUCAGUCUCAGACCAUGAGCGAGGCGAAAAAAGGCGAGCUGGCCAUGCGGGACAAAGCCAUCCUGCACCAGCAGAGACGCCUGAAGCAGGCCACGCAGUUCACGCACAAGGACUCGGCUGACCUGCUGCCCCUGGACGGGCUCAAGAGACUGGGCACGUCUAAAGACCUGCAACCCCACAGUAUCGUGCAGCGCCGUCUGCUGGAGGGAAACAUCACACGGCUGCGGGGGGAGGCCCGGGACAACACCGCCAGGAUUCGCUCACCGCUGGCCGACAACAAGGAUGGGCUGCUUGACGCAGAGGAAAGGAGCGAGAGCACGGCCGACGACUCCACAGAGGAGAGGGAGUCCCUGGAGGAGAGCGAGAGGAGCCUACGGUCGGACGAGGAGGACGACAGCAGCGAGGCCGGAGCGAGACAGACGACCGAGAAGACCGAGGUCUCGCAGAGCUCGACCCUCCUCACAGCGCUGGUCGUUCAGUGCAAGUGCUGUGAAACUGAAGUCAAGGCGUCCAUCAACACGAGCAGCCAACACAACCACAUCUCCACCACCUGCUGCAAGAGGCUGGGAUUGGUUCCAGACCAGGACACUUCACCGUCAGUGAGCGGUCUGCAGCUUCAGCUGGGCAGACAGAUGCUGCAGUGUUCAGCCCACGUCAAAGACGACGAGGCCUUCGAGCUGUGCCUGGGUCUUCAGACUCUGUUGGAACUCAAAUGCUGCUUGGACCUGAGCCGUCGGGUCCUGAAGCUGCAGGGAAGCGGCGAGGAGCUCCCGUUCCACAACCCGUCCAUGGACAGCCAGUGCCAACAUGACUCCAACGAGAACCUGUGA